AUGACAAAAACGGACGUGAUUUGUGAGAAUUUGCCUACAAAACUGUGUUCCUUUGCGGUUGCAUCAUCAGGAAAGAGGUGUGUGCUGGAGAACUACAAAAAUGCACAAGGAAAAACUGAUUAUACAUGUAAGACAUCAGAGGUUGUAGUGGAGAAAUUGUCAGGAUACAUUGAGACAAAUCAAUGCAUGAAUGCUUGUGGUGUUCAUCGUGAAUUCAUCGGAAUAUCCUCCGAAGCCUUUCUCUCAUCAGAGUUCACUGCUCGUCUCUGUUCCUCUGCUUGCUAUCAGAACUGCCCCAACAUUGUCGACCUCUUUUUCAAUCUUGCUGUUGGUGAAGGAAUAUCUUUGCCAGCUCUAUGUCAGAACCAAAAGGAAAAUCAUCGGGCCAUUUUGGAGAUUUUGAGCAAUGGUGGCGCCACCCCUGAUCCGGUGGCUGCUCCUGCCCCAUCAUCUUUCUAAUUUAUGGGAUCGAAAAUUAUAAAUGUAGUUUGAAACUCAUCA